CGAUCGUGUAUCAAGAAAAGGUUUUUGAUCCUCUUUUUGCUUUUCUUGGGCAUAAAGCAGCCAUAGCCAUGCCUAGGAGAGUUGGAAAAGAAGUUGCACAACAAGUGGAAGUGGCUCCUGUGAGUCCAAGACAUUUUGAAGGUGAAAAUAGUCCGAAGCAUCUUCCACCUAUUUCUCCCUUAGCUGAUCGAUCAUAUGGCAAUCCCAUAUAUCGCAAUGAUGAUGAGGAGAAAGUUGAUUCUGUUGAGUCAAGCAAUAAAAUAUCUCAAGAACUUCAGCAGAUAAGAAAGCUACAAGAGGAAGCCAAUCAGAACAUGGAGCGUAGUCUACAAAGCUUUCUACAAACCCAACGAAAACAUUCAGAUCAUUUCACUCAAUGUUUGAGUGUUAUUGAAAGGGCCAUUCAUGACAGUUCUCGAGCUAUUCGAGAAGCAGUAGCAGAAAGUCGCAGAACCUUCACUGCAGCUUUUGAGAGAACCAUGGAACAUGUUCGACAGCAACAAAAUGUUCCAAGGCAACCCAUACCUCCAGCAAUGGAAUUGCCACAGCAAAAUCUUCCAGAUCCUUUGCCCGGGGGGCACGGGGGGCAUAUUAAUCAGCCACAGGUGGUGCAACAAAUGCCCAAUGCUCAAAAUAAUGCUCUUGGUGCUGGCCAGGUGCAUUUCAAUAGGCAGCAGCAGAACAAUCCUGCUGGUGGCAUCCUUGGACCACAAGAUCCUGUGGAAGCAGCAUUCCGUGCAGCUGAGCAGUUCAACGCCAAUCAGCAAAGAUAUGUACCCCUUGCACGGCGUCCAAAUGCUGUCCCACAGCCCAAUUUGCAGAAUAAUGUUUUUCAACCACUCGGGCUACAAGCAGCAGCUCAUCCCUUGGAUAGAAAUCAACUAAUUGAUCUAGUCCAUGAGACAUAUGGUCCAGCUCUGAGACCAUUGGUUCGUCCUUCCUAUCACAAGCCGUAUCCAGAUUACAUAGAUCAAGAUAAUCCAUUUCCUCGUGGAUUCAAAGUGCUUGAAUUUACUUUGUUUUCUGGGGACGCAAGCCAGUCAACCAUUGAACACAUUGGUAGGUUCACUAUUCAAUGUGGGGAGGCAUCGGGUGAUGAUUUUUUGAAGUUGAGACUCUUUCCAAGUUCUUUAACUGGUACCGCACUGACAUGGUAUCUAAGUUUGCCGCAAAAUUCUGUGUUCACCUGGAGACAAAUGGAAGAUUUGUUUCAUAUUCAAUUCUACCGCUCAAAGCCUGAGAUAUCCAUGGCUGAUCUUUCUAGACUAACUCAACGGCCAGGGGAAUCUUCUGAAAAUUAUCUUAUGCGGUUUAGAAAAGCCCGGAUGAAGUGUCAUGUUGCCUUACUAGAGCAAGAGUUCGUGAAGCUUGCUCAGAAUGGUUUAGACAUUGAACUUCGAAAGAAGUUUGAGGGGAUGGAAUUCAGAGACUUCUUUGAGCUCUCUUAUAAGGUGGCGCGUUAUGAGAACCUUUUAAGAAAGGAAUCCCAAAGAAAGGCAGCAUCGCAAGGAACUUAUUAUCAGGAUGCUUUUGACCUUGAUGUUGUCGAGGUCUUUGCAGACAAGCCAGUAACUUGUCCUAAUCUAGUGAAAGUCACUCAACAGGUUGAGGCGGCUACAAAGCGUCUCCCGUAUGAAUUUGGGAGACAAUACACAUUUGAUGUGACUAAAGCAAAUGAAAUCUUUGAUUAUUUGAAAAAGUCAGGACAUAUUAAGCUGCCGCAGGGGCAUAGGCUUCCAACGGUUGCUGAAAUUGCAUCCAAAGAUUACUGUAAGUUUCAUAACUCCUGGAAACACUCUACUAAUGACUGUGUUAUUUUUCGGAAUGUGUUGCAAGACAAGAUUGACAAAGGGCUGCUUUGUUUCCCUGAGAAACCCAAAGAAGCCAUGGGGGUUGAUGAGAAUCCUUUUCCGAACGUUGAUGUUGGAGUUAAUGUUGCUGACAUAAGGAGCAUCUCUCGAAAGACAUAUAAAGGGCGAACUUUGGCUGCAAAUGACCUUCGCUGGGAGGCUCGACAUACAGAUCGCUCUUGUAUGGUUAAGCCUCCACAGCGACCUCCAAGUAAAAGGUGGGAGAAGGUCGUGCAUCCUAAGUUUCCAAAAGAACCUGUGAGAAAUCCUAGAACUUUGAGAAGAAGGUUGCAGCGAAAGCGAGCAAAGGCACGUCGUCGUCAACAAUUAGCUACUGAGGAAGUUAAGGUUCCACAAUGUUCUCCCGCAAAGGGAAAGAUGGUGUGGAAGAGAAAAGAGAAUCAAGAGCUUGCUGUCCAAAAUGAAUCUCAGCUGAAAGUGCCACCUCCUAAGCUCACCUCACUGAUCAUCGGCAGCAUCUCUAUUAAUCUCUCUUGUCUGGUUCUCACGCUUCCUUUGGUUUUUCAAGCCAAGGGCAGCGAGACUACCCAUGUUUCCAAUGGCAGCAUGCUUGUUGAGGAAGAAGUGAUAGAGGUUCCAGCCCAAGAAGAGGAAGAGGAACAUGAUAUUCUUUCAGAACAAAUUAUCUUUAACAAAUCAGAUGAAAAUGUGGCUCGUCAUAUAAAGCCACUCUACAUUUCAGCUCACAUGGAUGGAGUUCCAGUGAAUCGAGUCCUUGUUGACAAUGGAGCAGCAGUCAACGUCAUACCUUCUUCUAUGCUGAGGAAUUUGGGUAAAAAUUCUGAGGACUUGGUUUAUACUGACGUAACCAUCAGUGAUUUCACAGGUGGUGUUAGCAAAUCAAAAGGAGUGCUACUGGUUGCACUUACUGUCGGCAGCAAGAUGUCAAUGAGUGCUUUCUUUGUUGUAGACUCUUCUGCAACUUAUAAUGCAUUACUGGGACGUGAUUGGAUCCAUUCGAGUUGGUGUGUUCCAUCUUCUCUCCAUCAAAGACUCAUUUUUUGGAAUGGAGGCAAAACUGAGGUGGUCUAUGCUGACAACAGACCAUUCUUAGCCAAUUCCAAUAUGGUGGAAGCAUGGUACUAUGAUGAAGACGUAGGAACCAUCCGUUUCUUUGGCAUGGAUAGACAAGGAAGACCUCGUGGAAUCACUGCUUGCAACAAGCCUACCUUGGCUAAGUAUGUGGUUGACGAGGUGGUACAUGAAGGUGAAAAGGAUACCCAUACCGACGGAAUCACAAUGGAGGAGUUAGAUUUGGCCCCUGCAAAGCUGGAUGACCUCAGGGCUGAUGUACAAGAUCCAUUGAAGGAAGUUAAUCUGGGAACGGAGGCAGAGCCACGCAUUACUUUUGUUAGUGGCUUGCUGCCGCCAGAGAUGCGAGAUCAAAUAAUCUGUUUACUACAUGAAUUCAAAGACUGCUUUGCCUGUGAUUAUUCUGAGAUGCCAGUAGUGAAGAAGAAUGGAAAGCUCAGAGUCUGCAUUGAUUUUCGGAACUUAAAUCUAGCCACACCAAAGGAUGAAUACCCCAUGCCAGUAACAGAUUUACUUGUUGAUGGGGUUGCGCGCCAUCGCAUUUUAUCUUUUAUGGAUAGGCAUAGUGGCUAUAAUCAGAUCUUUAUUGCAGAGGAAGACAUAAGUAAAACGGCGUUUCGUUGCCCUGGAAAUAUAGAACAUUUGGAGCACUUGAGGAAAGCUUUUGAAAGAAUGCGACAGCAUGGUUUGAAGAUGAAUCCUCUCAAGUGUGCUUUUGGUGUUACAGCAGGGAAUUUUUUGGGUUUUCUAGUUCAUGAACGAGGCCUAGAGGUGGACAAAAACAAAGCAAGGGCCGUAAUUGAAGCACGGCCACCACAAAAUAAAAAGGAAUUACAAAGGUUUCUUGGUCAAGUUAAUUUCCUAAGGAGGUUUAUCUCUAAUUUGACGGGCAAAACUCGUGUCUUUUCACCUCUUUUGAAGUUGCAACCAGAUGCAUAUUUUAAAUGGGAGAGGCAGCACCAAGCCGCCCUUGAUGCCAUCAAGGAAUACUUGUCUAAGCUACCUGUGUUGGUUCCUCCAGUUAAGAAUAAACCUUUAUUGCUGUAUAUAUCCGCCGCAGAUGAGUCAAUUGGCUGUCUGCUGGCGCAAGAGAAUAGUAAUAAACAAGAACAAGCUGUUUAUUAUUUGAGUAGAGCUUUGAAUCCGACCGAAGUGAAAUAUUCUUCGGUUGAGAAAUUGUGUUUGGCUUUGUUUUUUGCAGCAAUAAAAUUGAGGCACUAUUUAUUAUAUUCGGAGGUGUUUGUUGUUUCAAAAACUGAUGUCAUAAAAUACAUGCUGUCGCGGCCACUCUUAAGAGGCCGCAUUGGUAAGUGGAUUCUUGCACUUACUGAAUUUAAUCUGAGAUAUUUGCCUCAAAAGGCCGUCACAGGACAGGCUUUAGCAGACUUUUUAGCAUAUCAUCCUUGUUUAGAUGUUAAUGCUGAUGAAGACAAGGGAAUCAAUCUCUUUUCGAUUGACUUGGUUCCUUGGAGGCUUAUUUUUGAUGGGUCUAGCACUGAUCAAGCCUCUGAGGCUGGAAUUAAGUUGAAGGUGCCAUCGGUUGAAAUUGUGGGUGAUUCUCAAUUAGUUCUCAAGCAGUUGAGUAGCGAGUACAAGUGUACAAGCGUGGCUUUGUCUCCAUAUUUUGCCACUGCCAUCCAACUACUGGAGGAAUUUGAUGAUGUCUCCCUGAAGCAUAUUCCUCGCAACAUGAAUAUUGAAGCAAAUGAACUUGCACAGAUUGCUUCACGUGUAAAAAUGCCUGAAGGCAUCUUGGAGAAAGUCAUUGUCAUUGAAAAACGGGGCAGGAUGAAUUAUUGUUGCGCUACUCAUCAGGCAGGGAUUAAGAUGAGAUGGCUAAUUCGAAGGCAUGCUUCUGAGUUACAUCCUAUUGUCAAGCCAUGGCCUUUUCGUGGCUGGGCAAUUGAUUUGAUUGGGAAAAUUUAUCCACCUUCUUCUAAAGGUCAUUCUUUCAUAAUAGUUGCUACAGACUACUUUACUAAGUGGGUGGAGGCAAGGCCUAUGAAGAAGGUUGAUCAAGGAGAUGUCAUCAAGUUCAUAAAAGAGGAUCUGAUCCACAGGUUUGGUCUUCCAGAGACUAUCACUUCUAAUCAAGGUACUGCUUUGGUUGGAUCUCAAGUAGAGGCCUUUGCAAAAGACAUGGGAUUUCAUUUGCUUAAUUCAACUCCGCAUUAUGCACAAGCAAAUGGUCAAGCAGAGGCAUCUAAUAAGAUUAUCAUCAACAUCCUGGAGAAAAUGGUUGAUGAUAAUCCCAAGAGAUGGCAUGAGCUUCUUUCAGAUACUCUCUGGGCAUACAGAACCUCACAACGGAGUUCAACUAAGGUGACUCCAUUCUCACUUACUUAUGGUCAUGAUGUUGUCUUGCCUAUGGAAUUAACGGCAAGGUCUCUGCAGAUUGCAAUUCAAAAUGGCUUGAAUUCUGGGGAAUACAAUGAGGCCAUGAUCAUGGAGUUGGAAGACCUUAAGGAAGCAAGGCUGACAGCAUUGGAUGUGAUGAAGGCCCAGAAGCUUAAAGUGGCACGAGCUUACAAUAAAAGGGUCAAGCAAAAGAAUUUAGCUAAAGGAAGGUUGGUUUGGAAAGCUGUGCUGCCGCUUGGCAAAAAGGAUCCCAGAUAUGAAGUUGCAGUUGGCCACGUUUCCGAUUCCAAAACAGAGAAGAAAUGUAAACAGCAAAAGGAGACAAAGGCACAAAGGCACAAAGAAGUUGAGUACUGUCACUAAGGUCCUAAAUUUUUGACACCUACUCUCGUAAGGCCAAAAAUUGGGGGGCAAUGUUUACACCUAAUUUAACAACAAAUGGAGUGCUGCUACGUGUCACCCAUGAUGGUAGAUAUUUUUCCACAACAGUAGCAAAACCGUUCUCUUGUUGCGAGCUUCCAGGACGAUAAUGGUAGCACCAACAAAUUAAUCAAUUUGUUGCAGAUAUUAUGCUGCCGUUGGUCUUUCAGGAUGCUGCCGCAGAUCUCCACCAUGCUGCCAAGGUGCUAUAAAUACCUAGUGAUAAGAUCAAGCAAGGGAUCGACAUCUCACACAACAGACUCAGCACAACUUCUCUUUAUACUCAGAUUCAUCUUAGUUUCAAGCCCUUUAAUUUAAUUUUAGCUUUACGCUUCAACCUAGAUUAGUUUAGCAAUUCGGUUCUUCUUUUGUCGAAUUUGUAAUGGUGAGUUUCGCUGCCUUCAGUAAUAUUUCUUUAUAAUCGGAUUGCUUCCUUUCCUUUAUAUUUGUUUUCCAGAUUUCCUUUAAUUUAAUC